AGAAAAGACAGGAUAAUGUUUGAGAUGCUGGGAAUUUUAAUCCUUUUUUUGGUGUGUCUUCUAAUUGUCCAGAUUAUAAAACAGCACCGUUCAACCAAGCUUUAUCCUCCAGGACCUCUACGACUUCCUAUCAGCGGAGGCCUCUGGAGAUUCAGAUGUAAGAUGCCUCAAAAGUCAUUUGCAAAGCUGGCAAAGCAAUAUGGCAACGUUUAUACUCUCUGGAUGGGACAGCUCCCCAUGGUUGUUCUUUGUGGAUUCCAAGCAGUGAAAGAAGGGCUGAUCAACCAUUCAGAGAGCUUAACUGACCGACCGAUGACCCCUUUCCUCAAAGCUUUAACAAAAGAAAAGGGUAUUAUAUUUUCCAAUGGCCAUGCUUGGAAGCAGCAGAGGAAGUUAGCGCAAGUGACCCUGAGGAAGCUGGGAGUGGGGAAGAAAAGCAUGGAGCAUCAAAUAGAAGAGGAAGCCCGUCUGCUUGUUGAGACUUUUUCAGGCACAAAAGGGCAGCCCUUCAACCCUUCAAUGGCUAUCAGAAAUGCUGUCUCCAAUGUGAUCUGUGCUGUGGCUUUUGGACACCGCUUUUCGAUGGACAAUGAAGAGUUUCUCAGUUUGAUGGAAAGCAUUGAAGUGAUAUUAGGAUAUACAACAAGCGUCGCUCAUGGUAUGUAUGAAAUUCUUCCAUGGCUUGUGAAACAUCUCCCAGGUCCUCACAGGAAAACAUUAUCAUGCAUCGAGUAUGUGCUUUCAUUUGCAAAGAAGGAAAUUGACGAGCAUAGGAAGAACCACGCCAUGCACGAGCCCCAGGAUUUCAUUGAUUUUUAUCUGCUUCAGAUGGAGAAAAGCAAGAUGAAGCCUGACUCUACAUACAGUGAAGACAACCUUGCCCAGAGCAUAUUUGACCUCUUUAUUGCAGGAUCCGACACUACUGCCUCCUCUCUUCAAUGGGCUCUGCUCCUCAUGGUGAAUUAUCAAGAUAUCCAAGAGAAUGUCCAUAAGGAGCUGGACAGUGUUUUGGGUUCAUAUCAAUCGUUCAGUUAUCGAGAUCUAAAGAAGCUGCCCUACACCAAUGCUGUCAUUCACGAGAUCCAGCGACUACAAUAUGUCUUAUUAAUUGGGGUGCCCAGAAAAUGUGUGAAGGAUGUGAACAUACUUGGUUUUCCCAUUCCAAAGGGGACCGUGAUUAUUCCAGAUCUUUGCUCUGUUCUUCUUGAUCCUGAGCAAUGGGAGACUCCUGAAGAGUUGAACCCAAAUCAUUUUUUGGACAAGGAUGGAAAUUUUGUGCCCAGAGAAGAAUUUCUGCCUUUUGGUGCAGGUGCCCGCGCAUGUGUGGGGGAGCAGCUGGCGAGGAUGGAGCUCUUCAUCUUCUUCACCAGCCUCAUGAGGGUGUUUACCUUCCAGCUGCCAGAAGGAAUGAGAAGACUCAGUCAGACGCCUAUAGAAGGAUUGAGAACUCCUCCCUAUCCUUAUAAACUUCGUGCUGUUCCCCGCUGUAGUGCAUCGUAAACAGUGAAAACCAUUUGCGCCAGGGAAUUAUUCAAGUAAUAGU